AUGUCUGACUAUUCUGACGACGACGACGGCAACUUUUCAGACGAAUCGUUUUCGGAGAUUGAGGUUGCUUCCAGAACGCCUCUUCUGGACUCCUCCUCCUCCACCAAUACCUCCACUGCCCCUACUUCCAAUGGAUCCAACGGGCUGGGCGGCGCUUCGGCCCAGUACCAGAAGUUGUCGCAGCUUGAGCAUAUUUUGAAGCGUCCAGACACGUAUAUUGGGUCUGUGGAGAAGAACGACGUGGAGAUCUGGCACUUUGAUGCGGAGACCGAGUCCAUGAAGUUUUCCAAGGUGACGUUUGUCCCUGGUCUUUAUAAGAUCUUUGAUGAGAUAUUGGUGAAUGCUGCCGAUAACAAGAUCCGUGAUCCGAAGAUGAAGAAUAUCAAGGUGGACAUCGAUCCGGAGAAUAAUAAGAUAUCUGUCAUGAACGACGGUAAGGGUAUCCCUGUGGAGAUCCAUAACAAGGAGAACAUGUAUAUUCCCGAGAUGAUUUUUGGAAACUUGCUUACGUCGUCUAACUAUGAUGAUGACCAGAAGAAGGUUGUUGGUGGUAGAAACGGGUUUGGUGCUAAGCUUUGUAAUAUCUUUUCUACUGAGUUUACCGUGGAGACCGCUGACCAGAACACGAAGCUUGUUUACGAGCAAACGUGGAAUUCCAACAUGUCCAAGGUUUCCAAGCCCAGAAUCACAAAGGCAAAGAAUAAGAAAGAGUACACGAAAGUCACAUUCAAGCCAGACUUGUCCAAGUUCAAUAUGGACUCCCUAGACAGCGAUAUUCUUUCUGUGCUCCGCAGACGUGUCUAUGAUUUGUGUGGUACUGUCAAGGAUUGUAAUGUUUUCUUGAACGAAAAGAAGCUUAACAUUCGAAACUUCAAAAACUACGUCGAGAUGUACGUCAAGGCUAUCCAGGAGAGGUCUCCUGACGUUGCCAUAGAUACAGAGGCAAGCAACCGUACCACCAUUGUUCAUGAGGUUAUCAACGACAGAUGGGAAUUGGCCUUUGCUGUGAGUGAUGGUAACUUCAACCAGGUCAGUUUCGUCAAUUCCAUUGCCACUACAGCAGGUGGUACCCACGUUAAGUACGUUUCUGACCAAAUCAUCACCAAGCUCAUGGAUGAGCUUAACAAGGGUAAAAAGGGUAAAAAGGCCAUGAUCAAGCCACAACAGAUCAAAAGUAAUAUGUUCAUCUUCGUCAACUGUUUGAUCGAAAACCCUGCAUUCACAUCCCAGACCAAGGAACAACUCACAACCAGACCAUCCGAGUUUGCUACCAAGGCUAAGGAUAAGAUUGUCAUUAGUGACCAGUUUAUUAAGAAGCUUUCCAAGACCAGCAUCAUUGAAACCAUCCAGAGUAUUGUGGAUGCUAAUGAGGGCAAAGCUUUGCAGAAGGAUGACGGUAAAAGAAGAACCCGUAUUAAAGGUCAAGCUAAGCUUGUUGAUGCUAACAAGGCCGGUACUAAAGAAGGAUACAAGUGUACUCUUAUCUUGACCGAGGGUGACUCUGCCAAAUCCUUAGCUGUCGCUGGUUUCUCUGUCGUUGGCAGAGAUUACUAUGGUUGUUUCCCGCUUCGUGGUAAGUUGUUGAAUGUUAGAGAUGCUUCAACUGAGAUGAUUGCAAAGAAUGCAGAAAUUACAGCCCUCAAGCAGAUUAUUGGUUUGCAACACAGAAAGGUUUACAACCGCGAUAACAUCAAGGAUUUGAGAUACGGUCACGUCAUGAUUAUGACCGAUCAGGAUCACGAUGGAUCCCAUAUUAAAGGUUUGCUUAUCAACUUUUUCGAGACAAGUUUCCCUGGUUUACUUAAUAUUGAUGAGUUCCUUCUCGAAUUCAUCACUCCCAUUGUCAAGGUCUCCAUCAAGAGCAGAGGAAGAGGCGGUGACACAAAGAUUCCCUUUUACUCGAUGCCUGAAUUCGAGCAAUGGAGGGAAACAGAGGGAAAGAACUGUCGUUGGACGCAUAAGUACUACAAGGGUUUGGGUACCUCUACGACAACCGAAGCUAGAGAAUACUUUUCCAAGUUGGAUAAGCACUUGAAGUAUUUCCACUCUCUUCAAGAUGAUGAUUCUACCUUAAUUGAUUUGGCUUUCUCUAAGAAAAAGGCAGAUGACCGUAAGGAGUGGUUGCAAGGAUUCCAGCCCGGCACAUAUCUUGAUUCGGACUUAUCUGUCAUUCCUAUCAGUGAUUUUAUCAACAGAGAAUUGAUUCUUUUCUCCAUGGCUGACAACAUCAGAUCUAUUCCUUCUGUGUUGGAUGGUUUCAAGCCAGGUCAGCGUAAGGUGAUGUUUGGUUGUUUCAAGAGAAACUUGAAAAAUGAAAUGAAGGUUGUGAACUUGGCAGGUUACAUCAGUGACAAGACAGGAUAUCAUCAUGGUGAUCAGUCAUUGGUCCAAACUAUUAUCGGUUUGGCCCAGAACUUCAUUGGAUCGAACAACUUGAACUUACUUAAGCCUAAUGGUGGUUUCGGUACCAGAGCUGCUGGUGGUAAGGAUUUCUCUGCCGCCAGAUACAUUUUCACGGAGUUGAAUGAUAUCACCAGAAAAAUCUUUAACCCAUUAGAUGAUCCAUUGUACACUUAUGUCCAAGAUGAUGCCCAAACUGUGGAGCCCGAAUGGUACUUGCCUGUCCUUCCAAUGGUGUUGGUGAAUGGAGCUGACGGUAUUGGUACUGGUUGGUCUACCAAUAUACCUUCUUUCAACCCGCUUGACAUCGUGGCCAACAUUAAAAGGCUCAUGAAUGGCGAGGAUAUCAAGGAGAUGCUUCCAUGGUACAAAGGAUGGGAAGGUGAAGUGGAAAAGAUCGGUGAGGGUAAGUUCAAACUUUCUGGUCGUAUUGAACAGAUUGACGACAAGACUUUGGAGAUCACCGAAAUUCCUAUCAAGUCUUGGACAAACAACGUCAAAGAAUUCUUAUUGGAUGGUGUGAAUUCAGACAAACCGUGGAUCAAGGAUAUGGAAGAACAGCAUGCUGCAAGCAUUCGUUUCGUCAUCAAGUUGACCCCUGCUGAAAUGGAAAAGUCCUAUAAUAUUGGUUUACUUGAAAGGUUCAAGUUGAUCUCCACGGUUUCGACAGGUAAUAUGGUGGCCUUUGAUCCUGCUGGGCGUAUCAAGAAGUACGAGUCAGCUAGUGAGAUCUUGAGGGACUUCUACUUUGUCCGUUUGGAAUACUACCAGAAGCGUAAAGACAACUUGUCCGAGGAUUUGCUGAAUCAAUUGGUUAGAUUAAGUGAACAGGCUAGAUUCAUCAAAUUGAUCAUUGACAAAGAGUUGACCGUUUCUAACAAGAAGAGAAGUCUUUUGGUGGAGCGUUUGAUGGAGCUUGAUUUUGCUAAGUUCGACAAGCAAGGUAAGCGAGUAAGCGUUCAGGAGCACAACGACUUGUUUGUGGAGGCUGAAGAAGCAUUGCAGGAAGAAGAAGAAGAGGUUGGUGACGUCAGUCUUUUGAACUCCAGAGGUAUCAACGACUUGGAAGAGGAAGAUGAAAGUGAACACAAGCCUGAGAACAUCUACACACAAUAUGACUAUUUGCUUGGUAUGUCGCUUUGGUCCUUGACUAGAGAGAGAUAUGAGAAAUUGUUGAAGCAAAGAGAUGAAAAGGAAACCGAGCUUAACAUCUUGUUAGGCAAGAGCGCCAAGGACUUGUGGAAUGAAGAUCUUGCGGUGUUUGUCACUGCGUGGGAGAAGUUCUUAGACGACGACGAAAAGGAAAGAAACAGCUUGAUUGCUGGCAAGGGUAACAAAGCCACGAAGAGAAGACGCAGGGCAGUCAAGGAUGAAGAUGAUGAUUACGGAGCACCAAAGAAGAAGACCAAGAAAACUGCUGCACCCAAACAAAGCACGCCCAAACUGAGCACGCCCAAACCUGUGAAGGAGGAGGCCAGUGAAGGUGUUCGUGAAGGCAAGAACAAGAAAACGCAAGGUCAGCUUCCAUUUACGAAGGCCCAGGCUAAGGAGCUGCCCAAGGAGUACCCAGAGGAUAAUCUUCUUAACUUUUUCAGUAAGCCGAAGGCAAGCAAGCCAGCCAAGAAGGAAAAGGCGGCCGCUCAGAAGAAGAGUCUGAUGUUUGGUGAUAGUUCUGACGAGGAGAUCAUCGAAAGAGUAUCCCGUACCAUUGAAAGUGAUGAUGACGAUGAAGAAGAAGCUUCUUCGGGCAAGUCCACACGGGCAGCUUCUACACCAGAGGUGGUUGUGCCCCAACGUAAAAAGCAAAAAGAAACGUUGAACGACGAGCUCGACGACUUGAUGAUUGUUGGGGAAAGCUCACCACCAAGAAGAAGAAAAACGCCGCAGAGCUACCAGAUUGAAGAGUUGAGUGGGUCUGAAUCCGAGCCAGAGUCAGCGCCAGCAUCGUCGGAUUCCGACGCUUACACCGAUGAUUAG